AUGGUACCCGUUCUAGAACAUUUUCUUUACGAUACAUCCGACGUUUCUAGUUGUAUUUAUAAUAAUUUUUUUAUUAUUCGUUUGAAAUGGUUUUAUGAAUCAAAACGAGUUCAAACUUUUAUUCAAGAACUAAUUCGAGAUGAUUUAAUGGUUCGAGAAUAUAUUGGUGAUGGAUGUGCUCAUGCAGCUAUGCUAAAAAUUGAUAAUCAAGUUAGAGUUAAACAAAUUACUGAUAUUUCUUAUGGUCAUAAUUAUCAUAUCAUGCCACGUGGUCAAGGAACGACAUUUGUUGAUGUGAAAGAAUUUGAUGAAGAAAUAAAGAAAUCUUGUCAACAGUUGACCGUACUCAGAAACAGAAAAGGCACGCUAACACGAAUAUCUAUUUCAUAA